CCUGCUGAUACAGCGGGUGUGGUCUGUGUCGCUGGCGAUUGUGGUGCCGUGAGUCAGACUGGCAUGCAGCAAUUGAAAAUCGGGACUAGUGCGUAAAAUUACCCUAAAACGGUUUUCCACAAUGUCGUGGUACAGAAACUCGAUCUUUGUACUGAAAGGUCUGAAGGAGUACACGAAAGGUGGCUAUGUCAGUGCUAGUAAGUGCUUUGCUGCGAAGGACCUGGAUGUUGACUGUAAUGGCAAGUCGUUCAUGAUAACUGGUGCCAACAGUGGAAUAGGUAAGGCACUUGCGGUUGCCAUUGCCAAGCUUGGGGGAACCAUACACAUGGUCUGCAGAAACCCCACAUAUGCUGAAGAGGCCAUGAAGGAAAUCAGAGAUGAGACUGGAAAUCCAAAUAUUCAUGUCCACAUUCUGGACAUGUCCCAACCAAAGAACAUUGCAAAAUUUGCAGAGAAGUUCAUGGAUGAGCAUGAAUCCUUGAAUGUUUUGGUCAACAAUGCAGGGUGCAUGGUCAAUGAGAGGCGCACAACAGAUGAUGGGUUGGAGAUGAAUUUUGCAACAAACACCUUGGGAGUGCACAUGCUGACAAAGAGCUUGCUGCCACUUCUGAAGAGAUCUGAUCAGCCACGUGUCAUCAUGGUGGCUUCUGCUGGAAUGCUUACCCAGAAGCUGAACCUGGCAGACCUUCAGUCAGAGAAGAUGAAGACUUAUGAUGGAACCAUGGUGUACGCUCAAAACAAGCGACAGCAGGUCAUCAUGACUGAGCAGUAUGCUGCAGAGCAUCCUGAGGUCAAGUUCUUUUCAAUGCACCCUGGAUGGGCAGACACUCCAGCAGUGAAGACAUCAAUGCCAGAUUUUUAUAACCGGAUGCAGGGCAAGUUCCGCACCCCGGAAGAGGGAGCCGACACAGCGCUAUGGCUUGCUGUUUCAGAUGCUGCCAAAAGCCAGCCAAGUGGGGAGUUCUAUCAGGACAGGAGGGUGGUGCCCAAGCAUCUUCCUCUUGCAUGGACCCACAGCUCAACUGAAGAGCAUGACAAGCUGAUGGCAGUGCUAGAUGAUUAUUUUGCUCAGUUCAGUCAGUGAGGAUUGGUGCUAGAGGUGGGUGGGGUAGCUAUCAAAAUCAAGACUGCUGAUGCAUACCUUUUCCCAAGUACAAUUGCAAUGUUCAAAACCAUGAACGAUUCUAAGCAUUUAAUAACAGAAGAAGCAAUGGACUUGCAGUGACAGGCUUCCAUCAGGAUAUUCCAAUGCUCUUGUCUAACAACGUAACAUACAAUGUGCUUGUUGUAAGGUCUUGGAUUGCGGAUGGGUUUCACCACAAGAUUGUGGUUGUAAUAUUCAUGGGAAAAAUAAUUGGGUUUUCAUUUAGGCAUUGUAAGCAUUCAUGCAGUUUUCUUGUAGGUCCUUUCAAGCAUAAUUUUAGGUGUACCCUUUGUGCUGAACUUUGAAAUUGAACAGCACAUGCCUAUCUAUUCAUGCUAGCUCAGUUUUGUCAUACAUGUAUAUAUAUAUAUAUAUAUAUAUAUAUAUAUAUAUAUAUAUAUAUAUAUAUAUAUAUAAUGGAGUUAUCCAUAAAUUUUGCCAUCCAUGAGAGCAAACAUAAGUUUAGAAAAGGGGAGAGCUCUGGACUUGAAUGACAUUGACAAUGAGAUUGGUUGAAAUAUGUAAUAUAUGCUAUGGGCAUUCUAUUAUCCACCAAUUUGAUUGCAAGAAGAUACAUAUGAUAGGUGCCAUGGUUUUGCUAGCAGGUUAUCUAAACAUGUGCUUGGUGUGAACAACUGGAAUGUGCACAGAUUUUAGGUGCCUAAGAUGGCACCAACUCAGUACUCCAUGGUUUUGGAACACUCAGUUAAUGCUUACCUGUAAUUUUGCAUGUCAGUGGGAUAAUUAUAUGUGGGAUGAUGCAAGCCAAGCACAAUGUAGGAGUCUGUGUAGAUGUUCCAGAUACUGAUGACAUUUUUAACUUGAUGUACACAAUUUUGGGGUCUUGUCCUGCAUAGUAUUAUGAUGUGUUCAUGUCUGUGUAUAGACUUAUGGUAUUCCUGAUUUAUGUUGUUUCUUUACAAGUGUACAGUGGGUCCCUGGUAGUAGAAAUGUGUGAUUAUGAUUGAAGUUUGUUAUGUGUAGGGGGCUCAUCACUGUAUGCACCAAUAACAAAUUGUUGUCAGUUUCAGUUGUUCCUCCUUUCAUCUGGCUUUGAUGUUUUGCAGUGGUGACCCAUUUAAGGUAUGAUUGCUUUAGGUUGUGAUGAGGUCUUGUCAUACACUGCUAAAAAACAGCCUGUUUUGUGAAAGUGUCAGAUAGAGGUGUUGAGCUAUAUUCAGUCUCCAGGUGUGCAAUGCCACCAGGUUUUGUAACAUUUACAUGUACACAGUGGUUACAUGUCAACAUGCCUGUUACUGCUUUACAUGUGUAUCUGCUGAUUGGCCUCUCCAUGAAUAAAUCAUGUGGCUUUGAAUGUU